AUGUCCAGCAGCUCUUCCUUGACCCACGGCGAGUGUGUGAAUGGAAUGCUGAUACUCGUGGCAGCUGCCACCACCUUCGUUGGGUACGCAAGCAGUGUCUACUGGGAGCGCACCGUGGCGCCGCGGCUGUUGCUGCACCGCGAGUCGACCCUGGAGCAGGAGAUUGCCGAGCUCGAGGCAGAGGCCGCCGAUAUCUGUACAACAUCAAAUCUGCACGACCACAGUCGCCUUACGCGUAGGGCGCUGCGGCUACGUCAGGAGCUGCUGGCAGAGCGCCGAAAGCGCCUUGCGUACGAGUGCUCUGUGACUCGAGCCCUUUCUCUGCUUCUCGCUGGCGUGUCCUUCGCUGCUAGGUUUUGUCGGCAGACGCGCAGCGCAGCAGCGCCUGGUCGAGUGAGCAAGGUAGCUGCUCGAAACGAGUCUGGCGCUUUAUCAGGCUCGUCUUACACCACUGUCACAUCCUCCCCGAUCCAGAGCCAUGACGUCAAACACACAUCCACUGCUCCACGUUGGCUGCAGGUAGUCAUGGCGAAUGCCUUGAACAUAGUCCGCUCCAACGCUACUACUGUCGUCAAGUAUCUCCUGCGCUUUGGUGGCGCUUUGGUGCUCCUAUGUGCCUUCGGCAACCUGCGAGGCCUCAUGGCUGCUCCGCCAUCCUUCGAAGAGAUACUACGCUACUGUGUUGCCGAGGUGAUAGCACCGCUUCUCUUCAGUGCUUCAAUGUACGUGCCAACUGUCUUUGUACCUGAUCGGCGUCUGUCGCCUCUCAACAGCCACGGAAACAGGGCUGCGUACAGUGCCGUUGGUGCCAUUGGCCGCAGCGUCGGCGAUGCAGCUCCGUCCGCCUCGUUAGCAUCUUCGGUUGCUGCCGGCGCGAGCUUUGGGAGGGGCGCCGACGCUGCAGCAACCUUUCAGCGCGCAGGCAUUCACUUUUGUGUGAACAACCAUCUCACAUCGUGGCUCCUGAUGUGCUACCUCGCGUCUUACUUAAUUGUGCGCGUGUUUGGCUGA